UAGGCAUCCAGAAGGUGUCAAAGCAAACCUGCCAUAUAUCUCCCGGGAGAGGCUGUGCUUUCAGAAGGAGCCCCAACCAAGAUACUGCACCGAGCGGUAUAACCAGGACAAACAUUAACAUGGCCAGCAUGGCUAUUCAGUUACUGGGCUUCUUCCUGAGUCUUCUCGGUCUUGCUGGGACAAUAACUGCGACCAUCCUGCCUCACUGGUGGAGAACGGCCCACGUGGGGACCAACAUCAUCACGGCUGUAGCGUACAUGAAGGGUCUCUGGAUGGAAUGCGUUUGGCACAGCACUGGCAUCUAUCAGUGCCAGCUUCACCACUCUCCUCUGGCUUUGCCUCGUGACCUCCAAGCAGCCCGUGCCAUGAUGGUGAUUUCCUGUGUUCUUUCCACCUUGGCUUGCGUGGUUGCUGUUUUUGGCAUGGAGUGCACCAGGUGCGUCAAAGGGUCCUCUGCCAAAAACGUGUUUGCUGUCUUGGGCGGAGUCCUCUUCAUACUGGCGGGGCUCGUGUGCCUUGUCCCUGUUUCUUGGUCAACCAAUGAUGUGGUAACUGAUUUCUACAACCCAAUGUUGCCCAAUGGGAUGAAGUAUGAGAUCGGGCAAGCCCUUUACCUUGGCUUCGUUUGUGCUUCAUUGAGUAUCAUUGGUGGAACCAUCCUCUGCGUUUCAUGUCAACGUACUGGGAACGAUUUAACCUACCGCUCGCAGCCGAGGAGUACAAGGGCAGCUCCAGCCUAUAGACCCCCAGUGGCCUACAAGGCAAACCACACCUCAUCACUAACUUCUGCUUCUCACAGUGGUUACAGGUUAAAUGACUAUGUAGCCAUUGGAAAAAUUGGUGCCUGAUCAUUUACUACAAUAUUGUCCUGUGAUUUGAUUCCAUAGAUGCUGCCACACUACUGGGCAUAAGGCUGUUCGAUGUUAGUAUGAAAGCACAGGUGAUGGUUGGUGGCGAGACCCAGGCAGGGAACUUCCUUCCAGGCAUGAGAAAGACGUGCUAACAUGUGGUCUAUCAGUUUCAGUUUCUCUUGCUUUCUAAUAUGUCGAGUCUUCAGUUUGGUUCUCUACAUUUCCACAAUAAUAGGUGACUAUUAAGGCAAUAUGGAUACUCAUAUUUGAAGAGAAUAUGAGAUUCAAGGCAGGGCUGUAUGUUAUUAGAAACAUCAUAUCUAACUUAGUUUACCUUUCUUCACUUACCUUUCCAAAGAUAUAAGGCACUGUGGCUGAACGUAUAAAGUUUAAUUCUGAACUGGUGAAAAAUCAGAAUAUCUCUCAUCAAGUUUAUUGUGAAUCCUGUAUUCACAUUGUGUGCCUUUUUCUUUCUUCAAUUUUUUUAUCAUCUAAUUGAUCAAUAGUGCAUUAAAAGCUCAGUUAAACUGGUUUGGCAGUUCCUGUCAAUUUCAUUCAUUAUCUCCCAGACUUUUAUUUAGUUCCGGAAAAGGCAAGUCCGCAAGAAUAACUCUGCAGUUUACACACUCCA